UGGCCCAUGUAAAGACGUUCGCAAUGAAGUUGUGGUUUAUACUGUCGUUAUUUAUAAGCGGUUACGUCGCUUUGCCGGCGGUGAAUGACGUACCGUAUCAAAGAUAUUUAAACUUUCCCGAUGCGGAAGGAAUAAUUCACACAAUUGAUUUAGAAGCAAAACCGGACUUCGAGCUUUUAAAUGAAGUUGAAAAUGAUUCCGCGAACAACCUCUAUUUAUUAUUCACACGUGCUAACCCCACAAGUCCUCAAACGUUGGUCAUGGAUGACGCUGACUCAGUUACCGAAUCUAACUUCAACCCUGAACGUCCUACCGUCGUCAUCGUUCACGGAUGGCUCAACAAUCAAAAUACAGGACUAAAUGCAGUUAUACGAGAUGCACAUCUCGGAAAGGCGGAUUGCAACGUGAUCGUCGUAGACUGGGAGCGACUCGCCGGUUCUGAUUACGUCACAGCUUCGUUCGGCGUGCCAGCAGUAGGACAAGGCUUAGGGAAAUUUUUGGCAUUUUUGAACACCGUCACUGAGGCACCUUAUUCAUCUAUGCAUCUUGUUGGCUUCAGUCUUGGUGCCCACGUCGUGGGUAACGCUGGAAAGGAACUGGGAGGACAAGUUGCUCGUAUCACAGGGUUAGAUCCGUCUGGUCCACUUUGGACCAAUAACCAGAAUCGUUUGAACGCUUCCGACGCUGUCUAUGUAGAGGGUAUCCAUACUGAUGGCCCUUCUGGUGUCAACCCUACCCAUGGAUUCGGAAUUGGCAUUCCAAUCGGUACAGCUGACUUCUUCCCUAACGGAGGAACAUCCCAACCUGGUUGUUUAACCAGUAUUUGUGACCACAACAGAUCUUGGGAACUGUAUCGUGCUAGCGUUACCUACAAUCACCUGAUUGGACGGAAAUGCAUCAAUAUGCUGCAAAUGUUAAUGAACAUAUGCUGGGGAACUAAUUUCCAUAUGGGCAAUGACAACUUGAUAAAGUCGGAAUAUGGAAUAUUCCGCUUGGACACUGGAUGGAGAUAUCCGUAUUAAUUUACUAACAAACCAGUAUGACGAAAAAUAAAAAAAAAAAACAGCAACAAUAGAAUUUUGUGCUUUUAAAUUUUUGUGUAAUCCGAUAA